AAACCUUUCCAAUAUCAAAAAAAUUCAAAGCACAUGAGUUGAAUCUUUUACUCCCGCCUCGGUAAACACUCCUUACAUGUCUAUCCCAUCCACUUUAAACCUUCCUCUGAUUUCUUCGUAGAAGCUUUUACAUUCCCUUCAUUUUUUUUUUUUUGGCAGAGCAAUGGCGGUCACUUCUAGAGGACGAACCACCACAGACCUCCAAAUCUCCAAGAAAUGGAAAGACAGAGAAACCAGUCCCGAACGCACCAAAGUCUGGACCGAACCUCCCAACAAGCUCAGGUCUGAGAGGAAAGUCCCCGUCGUUUACUACCUCUCUCGCAACGGCCAGCUCGAGCACCCCCAUUUCAUGGAGGUCCCUCUCUCCUCCCCUGAAGGUCUCUAUCUCAGAGAUGUCAUCAAUCGCUUGAACUUCCUUCGUGGUAAAGGCAUGGCUACCAUGUAUUCCUGGUCUUCCAAACGGAGCUACAAGAAUGGAUUCGUGUGGCACGAUUUGGCCGAGAACGAUUUCAUCUACCCAGCGCACGGACAAGAGUAUGUUCUCAAAGGAUCAGAGCUUCUGGACAGCGCUUCAAUCUGCAAAUCCGACCAUUCGUUGUCUUCUAGUUUCAAGAAACCGCCGCCGGAGAAUCAGAAAUCCGGCGACGAGUGCGAUUUCCCUGUGGUGGUGACGCGGCGGAGGAACCAAUCCUGGAGCUCAAUCGACCUCCACGAGUACAAAGUCUAUAAGGCCGAGUGCACCGGCGAGUCCGCCGGAAGAGCCGCCGCCGACGCGUCCACUCAGACAGACGACAAGCGACGCCGUCGUCGAGCAAUCAGAGAAAUCGAAGAAGAAGAAGAAGAAGAGAAGAGCAAAGAAUCGUGUGAGAAUGAGAAUCAGAGCACAGAGCUGAGCAGAGAGGAGAUCUCUCCCCCGCCGUCCGAUUCGAGCCCUGAAACCCUAGACUCCCUGAUGAAGGCUGACGGUCGAGUCGUCCUGUGUCCUGAAAUAGUCAACGAAGAUCGGACGGCUGAUAAUCACCCAAGUGGACGGCUCAAGGCGGCGUCGGUUCUGAUGCAGUUGAUCACCUGCGGUUCGAUCUCGUUCAAGGACUGUGGACCCACAACACAAGGGAAGGACACGGAUCACCAUCGGGGGUUCUCUUUGAUUUCGCAUUACAAGGCGAGGUUGCCACGUGGCGGCGGGGUUGCAAAUCAGGUGGGGAAGGACGCAGAGGAAGCUAUUGUGGAAAACCCUAGUUUUGUAGGAAGAGUUAAGAUGGUGGAAGAAAAAGAGUACUUCAGUGGGAGCUUGAUAGAGACAAAGAAGGAGGAAUUUCCAGCACUGAAGAGGUGUUCAUCUUACAAUGCAGAUAGGACCACAGAGUUGGAGGUGAAAGAGAUGGAGGGAGUGAAAGCAAAAUGCAUACCAAGGAAGCCAAAGACAAGCCAGUCCAGCACCAGAAAAGAAGGCAAUGUUAAUGAGGUCCCUUGUAGUAGUAGUACUAAUAAUAAUAGUAGUAAUAGGAAUCAUCAUCAUGGUAGCAGCAAGAAACAAGUGGUCCAAUCUCAUUCCUAGACUACCAUCGCUUUCACUAUUUCUAGUUAUAACUCUCAAUUUAUCUCAGGCAAACAAAACAUAGAAAGUCCACUGUAUGUAGUAACUAUAAUACAUAGAGAGAGAGAGAGAGUUGACUUGCCCAUCACGGCACGGCGUCAAUUGAUCGGAGAAAAGGUAGAGAUUGCAGGGAAAUUGAUGGGAGUUGUUUUUGUUGAAGCUUGUUGUGGGGUUAUUUGUCUCUUUCAGUUUGGAGCUUGCUUUCGGCUAUCUC